AUGACCGAGCGUGUGCUUGUAAUUGGAGCCACUGGCAACAUUGGCGUGUCCGCCGUCAAGGGUGCCCUACACUCUGGACGCCAGGUUCUGGCUAUAGUCCGUAACCAGGCUUCGGCUAACAAGCUUUACAAACAUGCGGGAACAUCUGAGGGCAUUACGGUUGUUGAAGCCGAUGUUACAUCUGAGACAGGAGUCAAGAGUGUAGUUGACCAGGUUAAAGCUGGCAAGCUACCAGCCUUCCAGCACGUAUAUACUUGCGUGGGUGGUGAAUACACCAAUGUUGCUCUCAAAGAUAUCACAACUGAGAGGCUUCGUAAGAACAUGAACAUGGGCUUCGAAGCCAACUUUUUUGCCUAUCGAGACACAAUCGAGUAUCUAUACGAGCAAAACCACUCAGACAGCACAUGGACUAUCUGCACGGGCGCGCAGGGCGAACUCGCCAUCUUUGGGCUGCCGGCUAUGACACAAGGCCCUCUAUUCUCCAUGACCACAGCAGCCUCCCGCGAGAAUGAGAAAACAAAUGUGCGCGUUAAUGAGGUGUAUUUGAUGUUCCGGGUUGAGGUCGAUGAGGAUGCUACAGCGCAUGGCGUCUCAAGCAGCACUGAGUUUGCUUCUGUCUAUGAGGGUAUCCUUUCUAAUCCUGAGAUUCGCGGCUCGCGGGUGCGUGUUGCCAGCCCUGCAGACUUUAAAGACUUGAAGUGGGCCAAGAAGUUCUAG